CUCACUUCACUACACUCUCGUUCUGUCGUCCAGUUCUAUCUUCUAGGUGUGAAAAAACAGAAAAAGGAAGAGAGAGAGAGACAGAGAAUCUAAGUGUAAUUUCCUUUCAGCUUCGGAUUUCGAUUAUUGAAUAUUGAUUAGAGAGAUACGUUAUUUUAUUAGUGUCAAUUGUUAUUGAAGAAAGCGUGUUGCCUCGUGGGUGAGUUUUAAGUCUCUUUACGAGCGAGCGAGAGAGAGAGAGAGAGGGUUGUGCCGUUUUGGGCUGUGGGGGGUGGUCGGUGUUGGCCGGGAAAAAUGACGACGAGAGGGUCAUCAGGGAGGUUGCCGACAUGGAAGGAGAGAGAGAACAACAAGAGAAGGGAGAGAAGGAGAAGGGCUAUCGCUGCUAAGAUAUACUCUGGGCUCAGAGCGCAGGGCAACUAUAAGCUUCCCAAGCACUGUGACAAUAACGAGGUCUUGAAGGCCCUCUGUUCUGAAGCUGGUUGGGUCGUCGAAGAAGAUGGCACCACUUAUCGCAAGCAGGGAUGCAAGCCACCCCAAACAGAAGCCGCGGGCAUUUCAACCAACAUCAGUCCAUGUUCUUCGCACCAACCAAGCCCAGCAUCUUCUUCAUUCCCAAGCCCUGUUCCUUCUUACCAUGCAAGCCCAGCUUCUUCUUCCUUCCCAAGCCCUUCUCGUUAUGAUGCCAACGCUUCGUCCUCCUCCUAUCUCCUACCAUUUCUCCGAAACCUGGCCUCCAUCCCUUCGUCACUUCCACCUCUGCGCAUCUCCAACAGCGCACCUGUCACUCCGCCACUCUCAUCCCCUACCUCCAGAACUCCAAAGAUGAGACCCGUCCCUGACUGGGAUUUACUCACCAACAGUUCCUCCAUGGCCUCCUUCCGCCACCCACUGUUCGCCGCCUCAGCCCCUGCAAGCCCAACUCGUCGCCACCAUUUCCAUCCUGCCACCAUACCCGAAUGCGACGAAUCCGACUCCUCUACUGUUGAUUCCGGCAGAUGGGUCAGCUUCCAAACGGCAGCAUCACCACCUUCUGCAGCUCCGGCGUCUCCUACGUUCAAUCUGGUGAAGCCCCUUGUGGUUCAGACGAACUCGACCCAUUACGACCCCGCUACAGAGUGUGGAGGGAUAGGUUGGAAGCGAGGACCGGAGUUCGAGUUUGAGAGCGGGAGGGUGAAACCAUGGGAAGGUGAGAGGAUUCAUGAAAUGGGCGUGGAUGAUCUAGAGCUGACACUGGGGAGCGGCAAGGCUCGGAAUUAAAGGUGAACUAAGAUCAGAAGGGAAAAAGCUCGUUUCUUUGAUAAUGGGGAUUUAAUCGUUUUAGUUGUUGUCCCUGUUUGUUCGUCGUUCGUUGGACAUGACCAGGUCUACAGAUAGUAAGGUUCUUGGCUUGGGUUUUCUCUACUCAUCACUGGUUCAAGAUUUGGUUUUCUUUUGAUGCUGUACUGUGUAAUGGUUCUAAUCUCUUAGGGAUCCAGAUUAGUUCCUGAUAGAAAGAGCUGGUGAUUGCUGAAGAACAGACUUUCUUCAUGGGAUAAUCUGAGAUUUACAUUGGGGGAAACUUGUGGUUCCUUUGUAAAUGGCAUAGGAUUAAAGAGAAGAGAAAGAGAUAGUAGUAGGACUGUAGGUUGUUAAACUUGCUAUUAUUAAUCCUAAAUUCUUCUUUUGGUCUAUUUCAAGU